AUGGACUCACAAAAUCAAAAUCCCUUCUUCCUUGACAUUUUACAAGACAAUGAACAAGGUUUUGAGUCUUUUGACAGCAGUAAUUUGAUGUCCACUCCACAUUCAGACGUCAAUGUCCAUCAAUCUCCACCCCAAGUUGAAAUGGGACAAUCUAUAACCCCCAUUGCAAAAAAAUCAACUACUAAGAGAGGUCAACGGGGAAUCAACUUCACCAUAGAUGAAGACAUUAAGCUAGUGUCGGCGUGGCUCAAUGUUAGCUUAGAUGCCGUGACAUUGACGGACCAAAAACACACAACAUUUUGGGAGAGAAUUUGGUCUACCUUCCACAAUGACAAGAAAUUUAACCGCACUAAGGAUUCUUUAAAUAGUCAGUGGCCAAAAAUUCAAAGGGAGACCAACAAGUUCUGUGGAUGCUUGGCCCAAAUUGAGAACCGGAAUGAAAGCGGUAAAACUGAGUAUGACAAGAUUGAAGAUGCAAAAGCUAUGUAUCAAAUUAAUUGCAAAAAUGCAUUUCAAUUUGAGCAUUGUUGGAGAAUUUUGAGGAAUGAAGCUAAGUGGUUGAUUCUAAGAGAUAGUUUGAAGGCCUGCACAAGACAACCAGCCACACGACCAGCCACACAACCAGCCACACAACCCUUUGCAAGCUCAAUAAAUGUAGAUGAAGAUAAUGAAGAGAUGAACUCCGGCGAAACCUUAUAG